AUGACCCCAGCCUAUCGCGAUCCUAAAGGACUGAUUCAAGUGUUUCGUCCCAAAGAGCAUGCGGCUCGCUUAUCGCUCUCUUGCUCUACGAUUGCAAUUCCACCUAUUCCAGAGGACAUUUUUCUGCGUGGAGUCAACCUCGCCAUCGUAAAGAACGCUGAAUAUGUUCCACCUCACGACACGGAUGCCGCGUUAUACAUACGGCCCCUUGUCUUCGGGUCAGAUGCAUUCUUCGCAGUCUCGGCUGGAACUGGAUACAAGUUCUGUAUCUAUGUACAGCCAUAUAAAGCCUAUCACGGUGUUCAUCCUCUCCCGGCAUUAAUCUUGGAGGAUUUUGACAGAGCGGCGCCCAAGGGGGUGGGUCAUGUGAAGGUCGGCGGCAACUAUGCACCUGUAUUGAAAUGGAGCGAUCAGGCUCGUGCUGAAGGCUUCUUUAUGACACUUCACCUUGACAGCCGUGAUAAUUCGGAGAUUGAUGAGUUUAGCACCUCCGCCUUUAUUGGCUUGAAACAGAGCGGCAGUUCAUUUACCCUUGUCUCACCGAAUAGUCGCUCGAUCUUGAAGAGUGUCACUAGUACCAGCUGUAUAGAGCUCGCCAAAUCUUUUGAAUGGAAUGUAGAGAUCCGCCCUGUAAGUGGAGGUACAGUGAAUAUCCCUUGCCAGCCCAGAGAAAUAACAGGUAUACAGAUCCCGUAUUCCGAGCUUCCUUAUUUCACAGAGGUUCUUGCUGCUGGGACUGCAGCUAUGAUACUGCCUGUCAAAUCAAUCACUCGCAGGUCAACCGGGGAUACUUUCGAAUUUGCAGUCAACGGGCCAGGUGAGGGCUGUAAAAAACUGUCCAAGGAGCUUUUAAACGUCCAGAAGGGCAUCGUGAAGUCCGAUCUAGGGUGGCUAUGGCAGGUUUCCCCGGUGUCCAACGCGGAAAGCACUUAG